UGGAGGACAAGUUAAGGGGGUCUUCGCCAGUGAUGCAGCUCAGCGACUCUGGACUUUCCCUAGCAGCUUGCGUACUACCCGUCACCCCUCCUCCUCCUUCUCCUCCUCCUCCUCCUUCCUCCCUUUGCCAUAUCCACCCACCAGCCCACCCUCUCCCUGCCUUUCUAACACACACAUACACACAGACACUCAAUCACGAAUGCACAGGGAUUGCAGCAGCAGCAGCACCGCGAGAUGGAGAUCUCCGCUGCAUGUGUGAGUGCCUAUUCCCGCUGUCACUGCGCCGGCUGCCUCUCUCUCAGUCCUCCCGCAGCCUGUGAGAGCUGCUCCAGUGGCUGGACAGUACCCUGCUGGCACCCACUGAAUACAUGGAUAAACACUGGCUCUACAGAGGAUCUGCGCUUUCUUGUCCUUUGCACCUCUGAUCUGUUUCUCAAGGAAAUAUGGUGAGCAAAGAAGACGCCAAAUGCAUUGUUCUGUCAAAUUCGGAUGAAUCAGAUUCAGAGACAGGCCCAUCACACAACCUUGAUGCACAGCCAGGACCAGAAUUAGGCAAACAGCAGGUGAAGAAGAGAAACAAGGCCUUACAAGUGCGUUUUAAGGAUAUUUGUGACGCUCAGAAUGAGCAUCGGGGAAAACACUCCAGAUCCAUUUCCUGCAAAGUGACACACAGAAAGUACAUGACCAUGCCUGCCAGACGCUCUAUUCCAAACGUGACCAAGAGUACGGGUGUCCAGACCUCGCCGGACCUCACUAAGCAAUACAAGACUUUCCCUUUUGAGAGGAAAAAAGGACAUACAUUUAAACAUACUGCUUUGGUGGAAGAUUAUAAAGGACAAAACAAUGGCUUUUUGAGUGAUAUAAAGACAGGAGGAAAGGAUGGACAACCUAUCGGGGAGUCCUCCAAUUACAAGGGUAAGAUUGUGGGGCAGACAAAAGCAUUGCUUCACCACACUGAUGACCACAGUGAUACAGAGGAUUUGCUUUCCAGUGCCAACUGUGUGGAUGAACCCUCUUGUCCAGACCCUUCACAUUUCUCAGAAGAGUGCCAUCAGAGAAGCCCUCCUUCCAAAAGAGAAACGGAGUACCAGGUUUGUGGGACAAGGACCAAACACAAAGGAUUACCCAAAGAAGACAUGGAAGCUGGCACUUCCUCAAAGCGCCAGCUGGCUAACUCAGAGUUUUCACAGGACACGUCAAAGGGCAGGGGCCCUGUUGCGUGGAACUCUUUGACACAGGUGGAGUCUUUAGGAAGCCCGUCUGUGAGCUGUAAACGGAAAAAGGGUUCACAGCUAAACGAACAGCAGUCACAAACACUUCCCCAUAGUGCCAAAUGUGCCGUGCAGUCACAAGGGCAGUGUCGGACAAGGCAUGUGUCAGCCUCCUCUAAACUCCAGCAAACAGUUGGAGGGGAUGAGGGCUUUCCUCCAAGAGACACAGGAGCCCCAGGCAUGGGGAGCAGCCAGCAGAUAAUGCCCUUAUCUGGAGACAAGGAUAUCAAAGCACAGCUGCAGGCCAUGGAGAGCCUCAUCAGCUCGAGCCAGGAGACCAUCAAGGUCCUACUUGGAGUUAUUCAGGAGCUGGAGAAAGGUGAAGCACAGAGAGAGGGGCUCACCUACCGAACAGGACAAGACACAGCAAAUUGUGACACUUGCCGAAACAGCGCAUGCAUCAUUUACAGUGUCGAGCUGGACUUCAAGCUGCAGGAGGACAAGCUACAGCCCCUGAUUAAGCGACUUUACCCCCUGGACAGCCAACAGUGCCCCGCUCUGCCUUACUCCAAUGAAGUGUUCACAUCCACCCCCAAACGCAAGUCCAAGACAGAGUCCAAAAAGCAUGCUCGUUGGAAGCUAUGGUUCCUUUGAAUAAAACAUGAAGGCUUUGGAAACAGCCUUUUUGUUGGGCACAUUAGUACCUCUGUUAUUCUCGAAAUGGAUGAGGGAAUAUUCAGAGGGAGUAAUCAACAUGUAAGGAUGGAUAACGACAGAAACCAGCUCAUUUGGGGUUCUGAGUUGAGACUGCACAUUGAGUCAGCUGGGGGACAACAGAGACUAAAACAUUUUAAAUUCUGUCAAACCUUUUUCUGGAAUGUUCACUGAAGAGGAUGGGACACACACCUGCAAAAACUAGAGCAUAUUGCUUGGCAACAAGAGGAGGCGCCAUGUGGAGGGCCCUUUAUGAGUGAAGCUAUAAUCUUUGAAUGGACAUCAGCCCCACCUCCGGCAAAGCACAAACAUUUGACUAUUGAGAGAAACGUGUAAAAGACUGAAACACAGUAUAGUACAUGGCAGUGUGUCAGCGCUGUUCUUAUAACCCUGUCUAUUCUCUCCUCUUCCUCCUUAUCUGUUAGCAUCCUGCCCAGUUUGUCUGUCCGACUGAACGUUUGCCUGCCAUUGUUAAUAACCCUUCUCUUUCCUCUCUUUGUAACUCUGUCCCUUUAUCUCUCUCUGUCUUUCUUUCUGUCUCUCCAUUUGCAGUAGCUCACUGUGCAACCAACCAACCAACUAGCCAGCCAAAUUUGCCUCAGUCAUUCUGUCAUUUUCUGUUGGCUACACUGACACAUAAUGUUCAGAAUCUAUUUUUUAGAAUAUCUGCAUCUUUUUAGCAAAGUACUGUGAGAUGAAAUGUUGGGCCCCUCCUCCUGAAGCAGGUAUAAUUGUUAAAAAUUAAGUUUUCUUGGUUAGGUCAAAUCUUUUAACAACAUAUAUAAUGUUUUGACUAUUUCCAGGUAUUUUCUAUGAUAACUUAAUAGGGUUUGGGGUUUGUCUAUUUUGAAUUUCCAACAAAAAGUAAAGCCUAUUUUGACAUUUCUCUUUGAGUCCUUUAAGAAUUUGCCUUGCCUUUCACUCUGUCACUCAUUGUGUCACAGCAAAGCUCUGAUUCAAAGACUCAAACCUAAUCUUCUAAGUAAUUUGUUUCAUGCCCAGUUAGCUAACACUUGACAUGUUGUUUUGUAAUAUUAAUUUAUCUUGCAACUGCUUGCAAAGUUCCAUCUUGUAAAAUGACAAUUUUUUUUCGCUUAAAACAAUUACAGAACACCAAACAUCUGUUUACCAACCCACACAAACAACUGUGCACUAAACUUGCUAGAGUAGAAUGGCUAUACAGUGCUAGUAUGGUAGCAACCUUACAGCAAAGAAGACUUGUAGCCACCAGCUUUGGUUGAGUACAAAACAAAACACUGAUGAUGUAGCAAUGAUACUGAACUUGCACGCUGUUACAAAGCAGGUAUUUACUGAAGUCAGUAAUUUUAUAACAGCAGCUGUUAUGUAGAUUAUGGUACUGUUAAAUGUCUGAGAAAUGUCUCACUGGCCUCCCAUCGUUAGACUGCGCAGUAGAUUACAUUAUUCAGGUCAUCAAUUUCCAUGCAAAGAUCUGUACAUUGAGAAAGUGCAAUUUAGUGAGUAUGUGCAAUAUUAUGCAUUUUUCUACUGUUUCUACAUCACAAUUAAAACAUUUUCAACUGAA